CAAACCCCGACCACACACAGUCUUUACCUCCCGUUCUCUUCUGUAGAUGUCUAGCGUCUAUAUUGUGCAGAGGCAGGGCCUCGGUGAUCUGUUGGGCCUUGGUGGCGACGACGAUUCGUCCUCCACCUCCGCGACGGGCACUGCCACUGCCACAUCCAAGUCGUCGGACCCCCUGGGAUUGGGCGGAUUAACUACGGUUCUGGACGGGCUCACGACUGUCCUUAACCCAUCGCAAACGUCUGAGACGUCUUCUGCUUCACCUACGUCCACGUCACUAACGUCUUCUUCGCCUUCUUCGACUUCAACGAACAGCAGGACCUCCAGCUCGUCGAGCGCGUCGUCUUCGUCUGUAUCAUCAAAACCUGCAUCAUCUACUGUAACAUCAUCCUCCGCUUCGUCUUCUGCGACGUCGUCUUCGGCCUCUUCUUCGUCCUCGACGACGAGCGCGUCCUCCUCUUCGGUGUCUGUGACACCCAGCACGAGCGCCUCAGUCACCGAGUUCACCAGCAAUGGCUCUGCACAUACCUCGACCAUGUUCGUCACGGCCUCCGCUUCAAGCGCGGCAGAGAGCGCCUCCGCGGCGCCCGUCUCCGGCAGCAAGGCCUUCCUGAACAAUAAGCCUCUCGCGGGCUUCGUGUUCGGGUUGGCUGGACUCGUUGGACUCGUGAUCAUCAUCAUGAUUGCGACGUUCGCGAUGCGCCGUAGCAGGCGCAAGAAGCUCAUGGAGGAGGCGGUCUCGUUCGACCCCUCUUACAUGACCACCGGACGUGACGGCGACACAGGUUCACUGGCGGAGAAGGGCGCCCCGCUCGUCCGCGACCCCAGUGGCGGCAGCGGCACCCGUCCUCCCAGUGUAGGCUCGUAUACCGGCUCAUACCGCGGUGGCGCCUACAACAAUCCCGCCCCGCCGCCUGGCGCCUACUCCGGGCAGCCGGCGUACGGUCAACAGCAGGGAUACGGAGGACAGGCUCAAGGUUACGGUGGUGGAGGUUACGGGUAUGGGGCUACGACUUUCGCGCCGCCGGCUCCUUCGCGCACGCCCCAGCCGGUGCAGCCGGCUUACGACACGUACGAGCCCGCGAGGCCUCCGGCUUUAGGCAAUUACACUGGGCCCAACUACCUUGGAGCGCCCAACGCCGGUGGCGCUAUGCAGCUGCCUGAUACCUUCGGUUCGCCCAACACGCAGAAUCUCCCCGGCCAAACUCUUGGCAACAUGAAGAUAGCGAAUGCAUGAAGACUCACUCGUUAGUGCACGGAUACCCAUCUCAUUUCGGACGUCGCCGUCGUAGGACUGUUCACUACUUCGGGUGCGGACUUCAGCGUUCUCUACGCCCCUCGUUCUGUGGUGUCCUCCACCGACUCAAGUACCGAAGACUUCGCGCCUUGUAACAUAUUGUCGUCGCUAUCGCUCCACCCUUCUAACGCGUAUUCUCUUGCUCUAGUGAGCAUAUUUACUUCCCCUGCGUAAUCUAGCUGUUGCUUUCGAACCUGUUGUCCCUCUGGGAGGGCGAGCAUGAUAUUGAGUAGUUCCUGUGGAAUGUAUCAUUACCAUUCGCUAAGUAUUCCUAGCAAUACAGUAUGGAGCAUGCUUAGAGGGACGCG